AUGACUAUGUUCCCAACUCCAAAAUCGCUACACGACGAUUCACAAGCCCCGCGCAUAUAUAGUACGACAUUGCCUCAACACCGACUCAAUCAAGGAGAGGUUCCUCGUCCGCUGCAAGGAGAGUAUCCUGUAUGGUAUUUUCUCACCGGGGGCAUAUCACGGCAGCAAAUUCUCAUGAACUUGCUCAAGCUCGACAGGCUUCCAGACAUGCGACCAGCAAGCAUCAGGGAUAUGAAGGUAGUGCAGACUCAAUACUGCUCUUCGCUAGUUGCAGCUACAACGGAAGACGUCCAAGCUGGUCGAGAUGUCUGCGAAGGCUACGCAUACCUUGUCAAGAGCGAGGUCGAAGAGCUCGCCUUGCGACAAUUCAAGACUGCCCUUUAUGAUAUUGUCCGCUGCAAAAUCACCAUUUCUAAGACAGGAACAUUCUCAACUUACUCCGAUGUGGAGGGUCUCACAUUCGUAUACACCUCAGGCGAAACCUCGUUUCAGACCUUGUGCGAGCAUCCCAAAGAAUUGUUAGAGGAAGUGAUGGCAAAGGAGCGUAUGGUCAUCCAACCGACAUACGAUGCUCCAGCACUGGUGUCACAGAAAGCCACGCCAACCCUGCAUGUAUCACCUCAAGUGGCCAUGGCUGCUCCUUCAAGAAACUUUUUGGUGUCAAGUACCGAUUUCGCGGGUGUAUGGUGGGACGAGGACUACGACGAGGACGACAUAGAUGUAGGAUAUGAAAUGUCCUUCACGCCGGCUGUGCGGCCCCCGAGGCUUGAGGACCUUCCUGACCACACAAUUGCUCCUCCAAGAGGUGAUCCCCCGCCGUUCAGAAGCGGACUUCCACGAUCUACCUAUAUACCUGUCCAACAUACUCCAAGAGCAGGACGCAAUUAUCAAGGCCAGGGUAUCCAGGACGAGGAGACAAAACGUCAACGAAAGCGAGAAGCAGCUCAGGCUGCACGGGAAGCGAGCGCUGCCCAAGAAGCUCAAGAUGCAGUGCUUGCUCGACUGAUUCGAGCGGAACUCUUCAGUACAAAUGAACAAGAAGCCCGAGAUGCUGCAAUGGCUCGAAGGCUCCAUUUGGAACUGAAUGAAGACCCUUCUCCGCGCAAGCUCGAUGGUUCGCAGCCCGCAUCGCAAUCCAUCUCCUCUGCAUCCGGAUCGACAUCUUCUGCACCUAAAUCGACAUCAUUUGCGUCAAAAUCCAGGCGACCGCCUGCCACUCAAGAGUCUAUUCAUCAAGAGCAUUGUACUCAAGCGCCUAGCACUCGGGUGUCCGGUACUCAAGUGUCCGUUUCUGUGGAAGAAGUGAACUCAGAAGAGGGAGAGUCUGACGAAGAGGAGCGCAGCUCUGGCAAAGGUAGAGCCCAAUCCUGCAAAGAACAAGACGACGUUGUCAAAGACGAGGACGACUCUGAUGAGGAUGGAAGAGACUCCAGCAAAGGAAAAGGUUAUUCUGGCCAAGCAAAGGACUAUUCUGGCAAAGGGAAGGGAAGAUCGGAUGACCAAGCCGGCAGUUCCGACGAACAAUCACAGACUCGCUGGAAAGGCAAAGGCAAAGUCGCCAGCACAACAUUUGACGACAAGAAGUCGAUUUUGAUGAAAAGCAUCAGUUUCCCUUCGACCUCUGUCCGAGAAGCACCCGCAAUAGCUAAAAGUAGCCAGUCCAUGUGCACAAGCAUUUCUCUGCACAGGGAGAUCCCAGCAGAAGACUCUCGCGACAGAGCACGCCAUAUAGCCGCAAGCUGCCUUGACUUCACCGUGGAGCAUCAUGGCAACGUACGUUAUGAUGAGGUGCAGAUGCAUGGAUACGGCGGACACAGACAGCUCAGACCUGAUAGUCUGGGCUGUAAACUAGGCAAUUAUCUCGCAGCUUGGGCGCGCGAUGAGUUCACAUCGACCUAUCGUUCGCUUUGGAACGGAAGAGAAACGGCCGGCUUUGCAGGAGAUGAAAGAAUCUCCUCCUUGGGUUAUGUAAAGAAGCCGUACCAAGGUGGACGGGUUACUGAAUUCACGCGAUUCGUAAUCGGCAACGCAAGUGCAAAGAUGCGUGACGUCACCUGCUCUGCCUGCCCCCACCAGACUUCUAGCCCAAUGAACCUUAAUCUCCAUUGCAAUCACCAUUUGAAAUCCAGAUCGACAUUCUGCCCCCCACUCUGGCCUGCGCCAAGCAUGCAUCUUUGCGCAAGAAGCACAUAUUACAAAGCUGCCUGCAUACUCGAUUAUGAAACUGAAACGGAUGGGGGUGUCCACGCGCUAACUCUACUUGGCAGGAUUUAUUUUCCUGGUGGUACACGACACCCCCGUCACCCGUGGACACCCUGUGGCACUGGUCAUGUAGUGCUCAGGUCAGGUCAAUGUUGUUACGAGUCUUACGAGCCUAGUAGUGGUGCACUUCGCCGUUACCAGUGGUCCGUUACCAAACGUUCGGUUCUCUGUGUCAAGAGGUUGGUUACCCCAAGUGGGGCUCUGAGGAAGAUUGUCGUAUACUUGGGAUCUGUUGCUGACACAGCAGACACAGUGACACCAGUGAUUUCUCAGCCGCCUUGGGCAUCUUCCUAUCGUUCGACUGACUCUCCUCGAGGAGAGAUGGUGCAGUACGACACAACAUUGUCCUACUAG